AUGGCGUCUCCGGGAGCCCUGGAGUCCGCUCCCUCCCGAGUGCCAGCCACCAAGGUGGAGCUCACCGUAUCCUGCAGGAGUCUGUUGGAUAUGGACACUUUCUCCAAGUCUGAUCCUGUGGUGAUUCUUUAUAUCCAAGAAACUGCAGACAAAGAAUGGCGAGAGUUUGGCCGCACAGAGGUGAUUGAUAACACACUGAACCCUGACUUUGUCCGCAAGUUUGUACUUGACUAUUAUUUUGAGGAAAAGCAGAACCUGCGUUUUGAUGUUUACAAUGUGGAUUCCAAGACGUGCAACCUGCCCAAGAGUAAAGACUUCUUAGGACAGGCCUUUGUGGCCUUGGGGGAGGUUAUCGGCUCCCAAAGAGGUCGCCUGGAACGAAACCUCAUGGGAGUUCCAGGAAAGAAAUGUGGCACCAUAGUGCUGUCUGCUGAAGAGCUCAGCAACUGUCGGGACAUUGUCACCAUGCAGUUGUGUGCCAACAAGCUGGACAAGAAGGAUUUCUUUGGCAAAUCGGAUCCCUUCCUUGUUUUCUACCGCAGUAACGAGGACGGCACGUUCACCAUCUGCCACAAGACAGAGGUGGUGAAGAACAAUCUGAAUCCAGUGUGGCAACCUUUUUCCAUCCCUGUGCGCUCCUUGUGCAACGGUGACUAUGACAGGACCGUGAAAAUUGACGUCUAUGACUGGGACCGGGAUGGCAGCCAUGAUUUCAUUGGAGAGUUUGCCACAAGCUAUCGGGAACUCUCUCGCGCCCAGAACCAGUUCACAGUCUAUGAGGUUUCGAACCCUAGGAAGAAGUGCAAGAAAAAGAAGUACAUUAACUCGGGGACUGUAACCCUUCUGUCAUUCACAGUGCAGUCAGAAUUCACCUUUGUUGAUUACAUUCGAGGCGGGACACAGCUGAAUUUCACAGUCGCCAUUGACUUCACGGCCUCCAAUGGGAACCCAUCGCAACCCACUUCUCUUCAUUACAUGAGCCCUUAUCAGCUCAGCUCCUAUGCCAUGGCUCUGAAAGCAGUUGGCGAAAUCAUCCAGGAUUAUGACAGCGACAAACUUUUCCCUGCUUACGGCUUUGGCGCCAAGGUCCCACCAGACGGCAAAGUGUCUCAUCAGUUCCCUUUGAACAAUAAUCCGGACAAUCCCAACUGCGAGGGCAUCGAAGGAGUAUUGGAAUCCUAUUUCCAAAGCCUACGUACUGUGCAGCUCUACGGACCCACCAACUUUUCACCUGUCAUCAACCAGGUGGCCUGUUUGGCUGCCCAGGUCACUGAUGGCUCCCAGUAUUAUGUUCUUCUCAUCAUCACCGAUGGAGUGAUUUCCGACAUGCUGCAGACUAAAGAAGCAAUUGUCAGUGCUUCUUCCUUGCCCAUGUCUGUCAUCAUUGUGGGAGUGGGCCCUGCUGAGUUUGGGGCUAUGGAAGAGCUGGAUGGGGAUGAAAUACGGGUCUCCUCCAGGGGGCGCUAUGCUGAGAGAGACAUCGUACAGUUCGUGCCCUUCCGAGACUACGUAGACCAUUCCGGCAACCACAUUUUAAGCAUGGCACGCCUGGCGAAAGAUGUCCUAGCCGAAAUCCCAGAGCAGCUGCUUUCGUAUAUGAAAACCCGAGACAUCAAGCCCCUUUCUGCUAGACCACAGUAGCUCCGUCUUCUCCAUAGCCUGAAGCCAUUCAGAUAAUUCUGCUCCAGCUGGGACUGGCAAGAUGCUUUCCCCCUAGCCUAGGCACGCGGGCUCUUCCCUCUCUUUCAUUCAGAACUGGCUAGAUCAGGGGGACAGGAAGUUCACUAGGGGGAAUUGGGCAGGAUUGAGUGCCAUGCUUCACACGCCAGAUGAGACACCAGCACAA